AUGACCUUUGAGGCCUCAGCGGAAACGAACAACUUGUCUGGUGACCAUGUCUGCGCUCAGGGGGCCUGUAUUAACGCGGUCGAGCCAGCCACUAUAAAUGACGGAGUGAAGACCUCUCUAAGGGAAUCAGAGUCGCGCUCGCAGGUGCAGCCGGAAAAAACGUCGAAGAGAGAAAGAGCAAGGGCAGAACAAGCAGCGGAGAAGGCAGCUCAGCGGGAAAGGAUAAAGGCGGAACAGGCAGCGGCUAAGGCAGCUCAGCGGGAAAGAAUAAAGGCGGAACAGGCAGCGGAGAGAGAAAGAGCCAAGGCAGAAACGGCCGCGGAGAAGGCAGCUCAGAGGGAAAGAGCAAAGGCGGAACAAGCAGCGGAGAGGGAAAGAGCAAAGGCAGAACAGGCUGCGGAGAAGGCAGCUCAGAGGGAAAGAGCGAAGGCGGAACAAGCAGCGGAGAGGGAAAGAGCGAAAGCAGAACAGGCAGCGGAGAAGGCAGCUCACAGAGAAAGAACGAAGGCAGAACAAGCAGCGGAGAAGGCAGCUCAGAGGGAAAGAGCAAGGGCGGAACAAGCAGCGGAGAAGGCAGCCCAGAGGGAAAGAGCAAAGGCAGAACAAGCAGCGGAGAAGGCAGCUCAGAGGGAAAGAACGAAGGCAGAGCAGGAAGCUGGAAGAAAGGCCCCCGCUUCCGGCACCUUAUCCGGCGCCAAUGGUUUACCCGCCCCGGCCGGGUUCGCGGGAGACGAAAGCAGAACAGGCAGCGGAGAGGGAAAGAGCAAAGGCAGAACAGGCAGCGGAGAAGGCAGCUCAGAGGGAAAGAGCAAAGGCAGAACAGGCAGCGGAGAAGGCAGCUCAGAGGGAAAGAGCGAAGGCAGCACGAACGCCGCGCAGGUUGGCCGAAAGGGCGCUGCUAAGAUGGCCCAGCAGGACCGGAUCGAAGCCCGUGGGGAGAAGGCAGCUGGGAAGGAUGGAAAGGGUCGAGGUCGCCGGAGAGGUCUGAGUUUGGAGGAGAAGGGGCACGUGUUGGAGCACUUCAUGGCAAAGGCGGAGGGGAUCUACACGAUGAAGGAGUUGGAGAAGGUGGGUCCAACUUUGGGGGUAAUCCCGCAGAGCGUAAAAGACGUAGUCCUCGGACUCACGAAGGAGAAGCGACUGCGGUGCGAGAAAAUUGGCUCUUCUAACGUUUACUGGGUCUUUAAACACGACCUAGCGACCUCACGCAAACGCGAAGCCGUGCAGCUCACACACUCUAUCGCCAAACUCUCUCGAGAACAUGCAGAAGUCACCCGCAGAAUCACCACCGCCAAAGAUGGCAUCACAGCAGGGGAUGACGGUAUCAUAUCGGAUACCAUGCCCAGUACCGUCGCCCAUACCACCCCCGGAUUCGCAGCCCAAACAGUGGGAAGCCUCGCACUUGCAGACCGUGUGGAGGAAGCGUCGGGCGGUGGCGGCGAAGACACCGCUCGCACCAUCGCCGCCCUCCGGACUCGAGUCGCGGAGCUGCGAUUCGAAACCUGGACCUUGCGGUCAAUUCCACACGACUUGCCCGCCCGGACGGCGCAGGCCGCGGAGGCCGUCACGCGCUUGCUCGACUUGAACCCGCGCCCCGAAGCCAUUCACUUAUAUCCAUAA